CAGAGACAGAGUCAUAUGAUUGGAUUUAAUCAGAAGCCGCUGGAAGAGGUUGGUUUAUGCAUGAGGAGCUGGCAUUGUGGCUGUGCUGCUGUAGAACAUUCCCUGUCACCGCGAUAAUGACAAUGAUGCAGAGGUUGGAGAAGACGGUGCCGGUUUUAUUCCCACUGCCGAUGGUGUAGAGAAGGUUUCGCUGCUGUUGUGUUCGGAUACACAUACAAACACAGACACCCAGAGCCUGUGUGUGUGCGGACCAUGGCAGAGCGAUGCUCCGGGAGCCCGGCCCCGGAAUGCGGUGCCCAGGCGGACUCUCAGGACCCGGAAUCCCAGGAGCUGUCCCUGGAGCAAAUCCUUAAACUGUACAACCAGCCGCUGAAUGAGGAGCAGGCUUGGGCCGUGUGCUACCAAUGUUGCAGCAGCCUGCAGCGCCAGCGGCGGCCCGGAGACACGCAGCUAUUCCCGGGCAGGCUGAGCGGAGCCAGGACUGUCAUUCUGCUGCGAGACGGCAACAUCAGCAUCAGGAGCGAGGAAGCAGGUAAAGGUGAAGCAACCCGAUUUACAGUAGCAGAGGUGAUCGAAUCUGUGGGAAUUCUUGUUUACAAAGCCUUGGACUGGGGCCUGAAGGAUAAUGAAGAGCGGGAACUCAGCCCACCAUUAGAACAGCUGAUUGGUCGAAUGACGAAUAUCCUGGAUGAGGCACUGGAGACCGAAGGAAACCUGGAUGAAGGAUAUGAUGCUCAGGAUGAAGAGGAAGAGCAAAAGGAGAUUACCAACAUAAGAAAUUUUAAACACGUAAUGAUGCUGUGCGCCGCUCACUUAACGACCCCAUCGGAAGCUCCAAACCAUUACCAGGCGGUGUGCCGGGCCCUGUUUGCCGAAUCUAUGGAGUUACGCACUUUCUUGGCCAAAAUUAAAAGUGCUAAAGAGAAUCUGAAGAAACUGCUGGAUAAUAAGGGUGAAAGCAGUCAACCUAACAUGGAACUUAAUGAGCUCAAUAACUUUGACUGGGCCUGCUUUUGGGUUCAAGUGAUGCGGGAUUUGAGGAAUGGUGUGAAGCUGAAGAAAGUGCAAGAGAGACAGUAUAACCCCCUGCCUAUUGAGUACCAGCUCACACCGUAUGAAAUGCUCAUGGAUGACAUCCGAUCCAGAAGGUACACGCUGCGGAAAGUCAUGGUCAAUGGUAACGUCCCUCCAAAACUGAAGAAAAGUGCCCACGAAAUGAUCCUGGACUUUAUUCGCUCGAGGCCUCCAUUAAACCCUGCAUCUGCGCGGAAACUCAAGCCACAUCCACCACGUCCUCGGAGUCUUCAUGAAAGAAUAUUAGAAGAAAUCAAAUCUGAGCGAAAGCUACGGCCAGUAUCACCCGAUAUGAUUAGACGUAGCAAACACGUAAUGAGGCCACUUAGCAUGUCUUGCAGUUUUGACUUGUCAGAUGUGACGACCCCAGAAAGGAGCAAAAAGACUUCUCCCCCUCCCAUUGCCAAUGGUGCAAUUAUGUCUCAAAUGACUGAGACUGAUGCCCAUACGUCACAAGUUCAAAGAAGAAAACUCCUGAAGGCACCUACGCUGGCAGAGAUAGACAGCUCUGACUCUGAGGAGGAGAAGAUUAAGAUGUUGAGAAGCAGUUCCAGUGGAUCAACAUUUAAAGUGGGAGACAGCUCCCCGGAGACUCCAAAUGGCAAAAAGACCCCUCCAAUGUUCCUGCCCAUCUCCUCAACUCCACAGCCUGAGCGAAGGAAGCAACCUCAGAGGCGACACUCCAUUGAGAAGGAAACGCCAACCAAUGUGCGUCAGUUUCUUCCGCCAUCCCGGCAGAGUUCCAAGUCUCUGGUGUCCAGGCUAAGCAGUUUAUUACCUUGGAUGAGCCACCAACUGUUUAUCCCCAGCAUGCAAACAGUCUCCAUGCUCAAUUCUUGCCCGCUGGAAGCCGCCAUGUUUGGUUUGGUGGGGGCUGUGUAUGUUCUGUGUGAGGGAGUCUUUACCAGCAGGUGGAAAACACCAAAGGAGGAGUUCUGUUACCCUGUGGAGUGUCUGGCACUGACAGUGGAGGAAGUGAUGCAUAUCAGACAGGUCUUAGUGAAAGCAGAACUAGAAAAGUACCAGCAGUACAAGGACGUCUACACUGCCCUGAAGAAAGGAAAGUUGUGUUUCUGCUGCCGAACAAAGAGAUUCUCGAUCUUCACCUGGUCAUACACUUGCCAAUUUUGUAAAAGACCAGUGUGCUCCCAGUGUUGUAAAAAGAUGCGACUACCCUCCAAACCAUACAGCAAUCUUCCAAUCUUUUCAUUGGGACCUUCAGCUUCGCCAAAAGAGGGGAAAGUAUUGAAAUCUGAGAGGCUCUCAGGCAGCCGCCGUCGUCAUGAUGGUCAACACAAGAGUCUAGUCAGAUUUCCGUCAGUGUCCAAACCUUCAGAGAAACCAACCGAUAGCCUAGAGUUUCCCAAAGAGCUGAUGGAGGACUGGAGCACGAUGGAAGUUUGUGUUGACUGUAAGAAAUUCAUUUCUGAAAUCAUAAGUUCCAGUCGGCGGAGUCUGGUCCUGGCAAACAAGCGGGCCAGGUUAAAACGGAAAACUCAGUCCUUUUAUAUGUCCUCGGAAAGUGCAUCAGAAUUUCGGCUAGCAGCACCCAAGGAACGAACUAUCAAAGAGGUUUAGACUUGUGCCUUUUUAUUUUCUUCCUGAAGCUGCUUCUUUCUUUGAAGAGGCAUUUCAGAACAAAAUAACUGGAAAUUGAUCCACAAACACACAGGAACAUGGACUGACUAUGCUAAAAUUCACAAUUAUCUAGCUUUCACGUAUUAAUAAAAGUCAGGGUUCAUUUGUAUGGUCAUAUCUUUGUCUUAUCAAACAUGGAAUAAUGUAACAAAAUAUAAAUUGCUGGAAAAGCUCAGCAAAUCUGGCAGCAGCUGGGAGAGAAAUCAGAGUUAGUUUGUCGGGUCAAAUGAAUUAAUUCAUUAAUUCUGAUUUCUCUGUGAGUGACCCUUCACUCGAGCCGAAUCGUUAAUUCUCUGCUUUCUCCUCACAGAUGCUGUCAGACCUGCUGAGCGUUUCUAGCAAUUUCUGUUCUUGUUUCUGAUUUACAGCAGCUGGAGUUCUUUCAGUUUUUAUGAAAUAGCGUAAGUUACCUGUAUAUAAUUGUAAUAUAUUUUAUUAACAGGAGGGUUUGGACCCCACUGACAUUGGGAAUGGACAUUUAAAUCCACUUGCAGCAGGUGAAAAAUUGAUAACUUGUAUAAUAUUUAAUCUGUGCAGUAUAUAUACAUUGAAUAUGCUACAGAAGAUCUUAGUUUAAACUUGAACAUCUUCUAAGGUAAUGAUCUUAUUUGAUGGAGUCAUUUUUUUUAACUUAAACUUUGUGUCAAUGGUUUAUAGGUGAGGGAGAAAGCUGUUAAGGGCAACGUGAGCUCACUUUUUUAUCAUUUAAAAACAGAGGCGCAUUUAUUUUUAAACUGGAUGAUGAUGGAUAUACGACACGGACCCCUCUCUGUUUUCAGCAACAGAAAAUUGUCAGUAUUUGUCAAAACUGACAUCAGACCUGUAUUGAACACUUCUUUGCCAGCUUACAUAGGACAGUUUUUGCACUUAUGUGAAGUACUCGAUUCAUGCUCUCUUUCGAAACUUCUCCAUGGCAGUAGAUCUUAAGAUCACGAGAAGCAGAGAUAGGAGUAGGCCAUUCAGCCCAUUGAGCCUGCUUUGCCAUUUAAUAAGACCAUGCGAUCUGAUUGUGAUCUUACCUUUUCCUGAAGUAGCUUUUUGACCAGUCACCCACUGAGCUGAUCAACCCAGCUUAUUGCAAUAAAUUCAUUGCUAAUCCAACAUGUUGCCUUUCAGUCUUGGCUUACUGGUAAUUAGCCUGAAUACCUAAGGAAUGAAUUGCCAUAGUUUCCCCUUCUUUUACUCCACUCCACAGUACUGCAAUAUAUAGUUUCAAUGUUAUUACUGUAGAGCUGAUGUGAACAAGACAUGCCAUUUGGUUCAGGUACUACUGAGUUUCCCUGUAUGUUCAAUGUAAAUGCAAUGACUGUUCAUGCAUCAAUUAAAAAUUUAAUCUUUAUAAUGAA